AUGAACUGUGGUAGGGCCACGCAGAAGUUUUCGCUCGUGGUCGAAUGGGCCGACGGGUCGGCGAGCGGCGAGGGCGAGCAGAGCGGCGACGAGCGGCCGCCGUCGGCGCCGCCGCUGGGCGUGCUGGCGCCCCACGGGCCCCACGGCCCCCACGGCGCCCACGGCGCCCACGGCCCGCACGGCUCGUUGGGCGCCCACGGCCCGCUGCCCGCCGCCAGCGCGGCCGCCACCGCCGCCAGCGCCGCCACCGCCGCCGUUCUGAAUGCAGCAGGUGCGGGGAACGCGUUAGCGCAAUUGCAGCAUCUACUACUCACGCAACACGGCGCACACUCAUUGCUGCUACAUACACAGGUGCAGCAGGCAGUGGCACAGGCGGCGGCGCAGCAACUGCAACAACUGCAGGCUCGCGCCGGGAUCGGUCCGCCGUCAUCCGCAGAGACGCGGUCGCCGUCGCCGCGCCGCACGCCGCCCGGCGCGGGCGCCUUCCUCACCCCGCUCACGCCUGGCUCGGGCCGAGCGCGCUCCCCCGCCGCGCCGCGCACGCCGCUGCACGCGCACCAGCACAAGCCGCGCGCGCUCGAGCCCGCCGCCGACGACACCGCCGACCUCGAGGAGCUCGAGCACUUCGCCAAGACUUUCAAGCAGCGCCGCAUUAAGCUAGGGUUUACGCAGGGCGACGUCGGGCUGGCGAUGGGUAAGCUGUACGGCAACGAUUUCUCCCAGACGACGAUAUCGCGCUUCGAGGCCCUGAACCUGAGCUUCAAGAACAUGUGCAAGCUGAAGCCGCUGCUGCAGAAGUGGCUGGAGGACGCGGACUCGUCGCUGGCGGGGGGCGGGGCGGCGCCGGGCGCGGGCGCCGCCCUGGCCGAGGCGGUCGGCCGCCGCCGCAAGAAGCGCACCUCCAUCGAGUCGGGCGUGCGCGUGGCGCUCGAGAAGGCCUUCCUGCACAACCCCAAGCCCACGAGCGAAGAGAUCGCCGCGCUCGCAGACGCCCUCUGCAUGGAAAAGGAGGUGGUGCGGGUCUGGUUCUGCAACCGACGGCAGAAGGUGCUCACCUCCAUCAUCUCGGCAUGCAUCAGCGAAAAACGUAUUAACCCUCCAGCGGGCGAGCCGGGAUCCGCGGGAACGCCAGGCGGCGCCCUGCUGCCUGCGCUCCAUGCACUGCCCACGCACGCCGUGCAUGGCGCACACGGCGCGCACGGGCCCCACGGCGCACACGGCGCACACGCCACGCACGCCACGCACGCCACGCACGCCGCGCACGCGCAUGCGCUGCAGGCGGCCGCGCUGCAACCGCUGGCGCUGCUGGCGCGCGCGCCGCCGCGCGAC